CGCGGAAGCAGAGAGAGAAACUGGGUUCUGUGUUCAGAUUUCCUGCAGAGGGAGAAGAAUUUACGAAACGCCCUGGCAGGCUGUGCGCCCCCCUCGGGUACACACCCAGAGCAACCCCCUUGUGCAUACUCGAGUUUCACCGGGUUAGCGUACUAGCUUCAGUUGUCCUUUACUCUGCUGACUGUUUUUCUCCAUUCAUCAAGAUCCAAACCCUCUCCUUUCUUUCUGUUGUUGUGAUUUUUACUGCGUCUCUCGCUCGUUGGCGGGCUGUGGAGGAAACCAGUUUCGCCGGCACACCGCCUCCCUCCUGUAGUUUCCCCCCUUUGUUCGCCAACUGGUCUUCUGCCAAGUUUUUCUUCUCGUUCAAGGAAGCAAAUUUCCUGCAGCAAACCUUUUGUUUUCUCCCGGUCAAAAUCGUCUUUCUCUCCUUUGUCCUCGUACUUGUACCCUCGGGGUGUUAUUGUCCACACUGCGUGCUUUACUCCCUCCCGUCCUGUCUCUGUCUCUUCUUGCCCGGGGAGACUAUCUUUCCAGAACGAGCACUCUCCGUCUUUCCUGCGACACCGCCUUCGUCACUUCUCACCCGUCAAUAAAACGUCUACAAAAAUGUCGACAAAUCGAGCGAGCGGCCUGGACCGGUCUCCUCUGCGCCGCACCGAGGAGGAUAGCGAGGCUGAUGUCAACGCUGAUGGAGAGCGAGGAGUUGUGCUCUCGGAGGUGGAGGAAGAAGACGACCAGGGCAGACUGCGCGGCGGCGUCCUCGACGAAAAUGUGGAUUACUUCCAAGGCAGUCGCGAGUUGGAUUUGGAGGAGAGAAGGGCGGAAGAAGAAGCAGAAAAAAUCAUCGAUGAAGAAAACACAGAGGACCUCGUCUUUGGCAUGCGAGAUGAUGAGCGGGAAAGGGAAGCAUUUUUGGCGGCGGGCAUGGACGCCGAUGCCUUCGACGCUUCGCUGAUCGACGACGAAGAUUUGGACGACCUCGACCCUCACUUGGAAGAAAAAGCGAGAAGAGCAGCAGAGCGCCAUCUCGACGCCAGAGAAAAUGAAGCUCGCAGGAAGAGAAGAGGCGACAAGGCAGCCAAGGGAGACAUCUGGGCUCAGCUUCUCGAGGAAGAUGACGAAGGUGCGUCCGAGAUGGACAGAGUCCUUCGCCGCGUAGAGGAACGCAGACGGCGGUUCUUCUCAGGCACCGGCAUGGGAGGGAGAGGCAGCGAGCAAAUCAACCUCCACGAUCUUAACGAAGCAAAGAAACUUUUGACGGAAUCUAACCCGGCCCUCGUGCCCUUCGGCGAGCAGCACCAGCAGGCGAUGGACACUCUGUUCAAGUAUUUUCUGUACAAGUUCAAUCUGCAUGCGUUUCGCCGGGUGCAGCACGGCGGCGUCGGAGAAGAGGAGGAAGGGGAGAAGCGCGACGACGAGAAGGCGCUGUAUUACCUCGACAGAAUCCAGGACAUGAUUCGCGAGGACCGGGCGACUAUCCUGGUGGACACGCGGCAUUUGAUUUUUUUCUCUGACCAGCUGGUGAAGUGGAUCGAAGCGUAUCCGCUGCCGGCUCUGCAAGUAAUGAACGAUGUGAUCACUGUCGAGGCGGAGGCAUCUUGCCCCUCUCUCUAUUCGACGCGAAUUUGCUCGGUGAUUCUCACCGACUGGCCGUACAAGGAGGAACUUCGUCAGCUCAGGUGCACUCACCUGAACUCUCUCAUCUCUGUCUCCGGAGUCGUCACGCGUCGCUCUUCUGUCUUGCCCAAGAUGCGGCUUCUCUACCUCAAGUGCAGCAACUGUCUCAACAGCAUCACAGACGUUCCAAUCCAACUUGUCGAGGGCAGGAAAAACGACGCCAUGCCCCGAAAGUGCCCGCACUGCCAAGGUUCGCGCUUUAUCAUUGACCGCGUGAAGACAGCGUUCGUCGACUUCCAGCGCCUGACUCUGCAGGAGUCCCCGGGGAAAGUUCCUCCGGGUCGUCCGCCGCGCCAGCGUGAGGUGAUUAUCACGGGCGAGUUGGUGGAUUCUAUCAAGCCUGGCGAAGAAGUGGACGUGCUCGGAAUCUACCAAACCAAAUGCGACUAUUCGCUGAAUGCCAAGACUGGGUUUCCGAUCCUCGCCACAGAGAUCCUGGCCAACAAUGUGGUGCGAACGAGCGACGCGAGAAUGACCGAGUUCACCGAGGAGGACCUGAAGGCGAUCAAACAGCUGUCUCGGGACCCGCAUAUUCGCGAGAGAAUCUUGGCGUCGAUUGCCCCCGCGCUGUGGGGAAACCGAGAGGUGAAGACAGCCAUCGCCUACGCCCUGUUCGGAGGUGUCCCCAAGGGACGAGGCCCCAGCGAACGGGGACAGGACGGAAACGACCUUCCCGGCAGUCUCCUCAUGGGCAGCAGCCGACGGACCGCCUGGGGCAAGGGUGCCAGCGACGCAGCGCAAGGCAUCGGCGCCCGCGAAGAAGGCGGCUCUCAGGGGGGCACUCUGGGCUCCAGUCCUCACACUAUUCGAGGAGACAUCAACGUCCUUCUCCUCGGUGACCCCGGUCUUGGCAAGUCUCAGGCUCUCCAGUACGUGGCGCGAACUUUUCCCCGAACCGUCUGCACCACCGGCAAGGGUGCCUCGGCGGUCGGUCUCACAGCUGGUGUUCGAAAGGACCCGCAAACGGGCGAGUGGACGCUGGAAGGAGGCGCCCUGGUGCUGGCAGAUGAAGGCAUUUGCCUGAUUGAUGAGUUCGACAAAAUGGUGGACAGAGAUCGCGUCUCUAUUCACGAGGCGAUGGAGCAGCAGUCCAUCUCGAUCUCCAAGGCAGGCAUUGUCACCACCCUUCGCGCCCGAUGCUCCGUCAUUGCAGCGGCGAACCCAAAGUUCGGUCGCUACAUUCCCUCGUACACAUUCAAGGAAAAUGUCGACUUGUCCGAUCCCAUCUUGUCCCGUUUCGACAUCAUCGCUGUCCUCAGAGAUGUGCCGGAUGCAGACGAAGACCACUACCUGGCGGAGUAUGUGCUAACGCAUCAUCAACUGGCCCAUCCCAACAUAUCGCACUUGGAGAACUACCAGCAGAGGAUGGAAGAACUGGAACAUAUCAUGCUUGGCAAUCAAGCCUACGAGCCGAUCCCUCAAGACCUCUUGCAGAAAUACAUCCUCUACGCCAGAGCGAAUUGCCGCCCAGUGCUGGAUCCUUCCGUGAACUCCGUGGCGGCCAAAGUGUCUUCCUUCUACGCACGCUUGCGUCGCAGAGCUGCGGCAACCGGAGGCCUUCCGCUUACUCUGCGUCACGUCGAGGCGCUCCUUCGCAUGGCUGAAGCCAAUGCAAAGAUGCGCCUCUCGCCGGUUGUCAGCAGUACAGAUGUCGACUACGCCAUCGCGACCCUUCUGGACUCCUUCAUUUCCUCUCAGAAGUUUGCCGUCCAGCAGCGCCUUGGCCGCGAAUUUGCCAGAUAUCGCGCGCUCGCCAGAGGUGGUUGGGCGACGCUGUCUGCGCUCUUGAGGCGCCUCAUGCAACAGCGCCUGCAACGCGUUAUGCUGCAGAGAGCAGGCGCUCCCGGCGCAGAACUGGAGCCUUUGAGCCAGGCCGAUUUCGACAGUGCACGAAGAGUUAAAGUUCCAGAAUUCGUGAAAGUCGCGGCCCAAAACAAAUUCGCGGCCUACCAAGUCGAGGCCUGGAUGGCGUCGUCACACUUCACGGAGCAAUUCCGCGUUGUUCAGGAAGGAGAAGACAAGACGAUUGUCUCGCUCAACUGGAGCCGGCCGACCGCAGCGGCUGAGGGCAGCGGCUAGAAAAGAAAGAGGCGAAGGAGCGUUAAGGAGGAAGAGAAGAAACGUUGUGAGAGACGAAGAAGGUGUCACAAAAGUGUGACAACAGGUAGAAAUUUGAAACCAAGCAACACAGCUUGCUUUCUGCAAGGAAGGCAGAACAUGCGAGACAAAUGUACAGGUUCUUUGGGAAAGAGUAGGAACGCAAAAAAGAGGUGGACGUCGGGAAAAGGAACGAAGAAACAGGAAUGGUUCCAUUUCCUGCGACUAGUAACCCUAUUUUUAAGGUUCUUUCUUGAGUGGCCUAUCCGACCGAAUGAAUAAACAAACUAGAGCGGUGUGCUGGACGCAGAGGCGAUUUCCUGCCUUGAGGCAUUUCUCUCUUGUCUCCUCAGAGUGCCUUCCCCAUGAAUGACACCAGAGGUCUCUUUCCUGUGAGUGUGUGUGUGUGUUCGUCGUUUCUCUGUGGACUUUAAAGCAUGCGCGCCGCUGGAUUCUGUAGAACUUCGCUUCUCUUCCGUUUUUUCGAGCACGCCGGUUUGCUGCUGUCCUCCGCUGUUUUUCUGGCAAACGCCGUGCCGGGGCUUUGCUCGGGGGCACUCGAGCUCUCUUCUUCCUUUUAAAAAUAACGAGUGUGUUCUUUUUCUUUCCUUGGCUGGCUGCGAUCGGAUCUCGCAGGAGUUCGCUCUUGAUUCGCGCUUGUUUCCUUCACGUGUGCCUGCCUGCUGGCGCUGCAGUGUGUGGAACGAAGAAACGGACAACGUGCGUGAGUCUGUAAACGAGUUUCUCAGCGCAGCUAGAGUGCAGCUUUCUUCGAUACUGCUGCAUGUUGGGGUUUCAGUCUGGCCGAGGAAAAAGUUGCCUGCCGCGCUGUUCCCUCCAGAUUUCCCUUCCUCUGUCUUGAAGCGCUCCUGCCACAACUUCCACAUCCAUUGCCAAGGGGCCGUAAAAACACAAAGAAAACCACACAACCUUUCUCGAGGCACUCUACCCGUUCGUUGCUGGAACAUUUCAGUCAACUGCGUCUCUCCCCGGUAACGCUUCUACCUGCGACGUUGACCUAG